AUGGCGGCCAAAUCGCGUAUGCCCAUGUGGAUAGGCCUGGGUAUUGCAGGUGCUGGCGGUUAUUAUCUAUACUCUGCUGGCGGAGACCCUAAAAAGGCUACGCAAAAGUUUGAAGAUGAUGCCUCCAGGGCGAAGCACAAGAUCAGAGGCGAUUAUGACAAAGACGCACAACAGGCCGGAGCCAAAGCUGGAGCCCGGGUUGAUGAAGGAAUCGACCAAGCCCGUGACACUGCUAAGCGUCUAGAUCAACGCGCCACGGAUUUUGCGAAGGAUAAGGCCAAUGAUUUCGAAAGGGCCCGUCAGGACACCGCCAAAGAGUUCCACCAGAAAGUCGACAAUUUAGAACGGGAUGUCGAGAGGAAGGCAGAAGAUGCCAAGAGCGGUAUUUCGUCAUGGUUCGGUAGUGGGAAGAAAUAA